AUGGCAAAUGCUUCACGCAGCCCCUUUGCACGCCCUGCACGUUCUGCGCCCUCCGUAGUUUCCGCGCCUUUUGCAUUAUUUGACAAUGCCAUGACCGUUCCGUGCAGCAAAGGAUGUGCGCCAUAA